AUGAGCAUGUCAGCCAAUCACGUGACGAUUCCUCGGCAGCAUAUCGCGUCGUGCCCCGCGCGGUCGCCGCAGCAUCAGCUGCUCUUUCCGCUCUCGUCGCUGCGCGUGCUGCGCGCAGGGGGCGCCGCGCAGCUUCCUCGUCACGCGUCGGUGUCCGCAAAGCAACAGGGCGGGCGGCGGGGAAAGCGCGCGACUGUCUGCGCGCUCACCGCGGAGGUCGGCGAAACCACCAUUUCCCGCGACGACGUGGUGCGCGAGGACGAUCCGACGAACAACGUGCCGGACACCAUCUUCGCGAAGAUCGGCGCGCGGCUGCACACGCGCGCGGACCACCCGCUGAGCAUCAUCCGGUCGGAGAUCCACCAGUACUUCGACUCCGCGUACGACAACUCGUUCCUCAAGUUCGACCACCUCGCGCCCAUUGUCGCCACCUCCUCGAACUUUGACGACCUGCUGAUCCCGGUGGACCACGUGAGCCGCAGCUACAACGACACGUACUACAUCGACGGCGCCACCGUGCUGCGCACGCACACCAGCGCGCACCAGGCGCAGCUGCUGCGGGAUGGCCACACGCACUUCCUCGUCACCGGAGACGUGUACCGCCGCGACGCUAUUGAUGCCACGCACUACCCCGUCUUCCACCAGAUGGAGGGCUUCCGGGUGUUCAGCCCCACGGAGCUGGCAGCAGCAGGCGGCGACCCCACGGAGUUCGUGGCAGCGCAGCUCAAGCAGGCUCUCGAGGGCCUUGCCAGACACCUCUUCGGUGAUGUGGAGAUGCGGUGGGUGGACACAUACUUCCCCUUCACCAACCCCUCGUUUGAGCUUGAAAUCUUCUUCCAGGGCCAGUGGUUGGAGGUGCUGGGGUGCGGGGUGACGGAGCAGCAGAUUCUGGACAACUGCGGGCUGGCGGGCAGCAAGGCGUGGGCGUUCGGGCUGGGGCUGGAGCGCCUGGCCAUGGUGCUCUUUGACAUCCCUGAUAUCCGCCUCUUCUGGUCCAACGACGACCGCUUCCUCACGCAGUUCAAGGAUGGCAAGCUGGGCAUCAAGUUCAAGCCAUUCUCCAAGUACCCGCCGUGCUACAAGGACAUGAGCUUCUGGUUGAGCGAUUCCUUCACGGAGAACAACCUGUGUGAGGUUGUGCGCGGGCUUGCAGGGGACCUUGCUGAAGAGGUGCGGCUGAUAGACAACUUCACGAACAAGAAGGGCAUGACGAGCCACUGCUACCGCAUCACGUAUCGCUCCAUGGAGCGCUCUCUCACGGACGAGGAGAUCAACGAGAUCCAGGCCAAGGUACGAGAGGAGGCAGCGGAGAAGCUCAAGAUCACUCUUCGCUGA